UCAUACUGCUGACAUGUUUGACUUUCUCCAGUAAGGCCCUAGUUGCACUACUCGCCAUCCGCCAACAUUUUGAAUGCAUCUGGACUCAAAUUUGUCCACAUGCUUUUCAAAUGUUGGUGGAUGGAGAGGAGUGCAACUAGGCCCUAAUAAUGCUGUUGUUAUUGGCGUGUAUUCCUAACUAUGAUUGGUCGCAUGCGUGUGGAUUCUUGUGUCAAGCUGAAACGGAGGGGAGAUGAUACCAAAUUUGUCGCUCAAGUUCUUGCGAUCGGACAUGAGUGUGAUAUCGCAUUGUUGUCUGUUGAAGACGAGAGCUUCUGGAAAGGUGUAGAGCCAUUGAAGUUUGGGAGCCUUCCAAGGCUUCAGGUAACAAGCUACACACACGGAUCAUCGGAGCUUCUGGGUGUGCAAAUAGAUGCCGCGAUAAAUCCAGGCAACAGUGGAGGGCCAGCCUUCAACAAUCGGGGCGAGUGCGUUGGAAUUGCGUUCCAAUCAUUAAAAUCGGAUGACGCGGAAAACAUCGGAUACAUAGUUCCGACACCUGUCAUUUAUCAUUUCCUAAGCGACUAUGAGCGAAAUGGCAAAUACACAGGAUUUCCUAUCCUCGGGGUGCAGUGGCAACGCCUGGAGAACCCUGCAUUGCGGAACUCGCUUGGUAUGAGCGCGAACAUGAAGGGUGUGAUGGUCCGCAGGAUCGAGCCCACGUCUUACGCAUCCAAUAUAAUACAAGUGAAUGAUGUGAUCAUGAGCUUUGACGGGACACCAGUGGCGAAUGAUGGGACGGUUCCUUUUCGAACAGGGGAGAGGAUAUCAUUUGGAUUCCUUGUGAGUCAGAAAUUUUCAGGAGAAUCAGCAGAGCUCUGUGUUCUGAGGGAUGGAAAGCAGAGCGCAGUGACGGUUCCACUUCGAGUACCAACCCGUCUCGUGCCUGUUCACAUAGCAGGAAAGCUGCCAUCAUAUUUCAUUGUGGCUGGUCUYGUUUUCACACCAGUAACUCAACCGUUUCUAGAAUCAGAAUACGGGACAGAAUACGAGUAUGAAACACCGGUCCUUGCACACGAUGUCAAUAUCGGUUACGAAGACAUCACAAACACUCAGGUUUUGAAGUUUAACGGCGAAGAAAUCCUUAACCUGAAACAGCUAGCCCACCUUGUGGAUACUUGUAAGGCCAAAUACUUGCAAUUCGAACUGGAGCAUGCGGAAAUCGUCGUCUUGGAGACGAAAGCUGCAUACGCAGCCACGGAGGAGAUCCUUGCAGAUCAUUGCAUUCCAUCAUCAAGUGAGGUCGUAGGGAAGUUCUUGAAAACGGACAAUGCGAUGGAAACGGGGGAAUCUCUGGCCGUUGCGGGGAAGGGAGGCGAGGUAGUCUGGGUAAAGGGAUACGAGGGUUCGGAGGACGUCUGUGCGGAACCUAUCAUGGUUCUCGCACGUGGGGAAGGUCCCCGUAACGAUGCAGUAAACCUCUAUAUGGUUACGGCCUCGCCACGCGGUGCUAAGGAGUAGAACGUGGAAGGAGUAGUUGGGGACAGCACACCGAACGGA